UUCAGUGCCGUUCCCCCGUGAGAGGUGAUGUCACGAGCGCUGCCCGUGUACGUUCCAGCUGACUCUUGCUACGAGACCGAGCGCUCGCUUUACCGAGUGCCUGAAGAAAGAGAGAGAGAAAGAGGUUGCGGAGGUUAGCUACAAAAAUAACGAGAGAGGAAAGCAACAAAGAGGGCAGAGGAAUAAUAACAGCCAUCUCACCGCUCACGUUUAAUUGUUUAUUAUAUUCAGAAGAGGGGACCCAUCUUUUUAUUUGCACACGGAGUUUUUUACAGCUCUCUCUCCAUUCGAUUCAGUCUGAUAUUGUAGUUCACUCGCAGUUUCCUGCCGACUCUGGGACUCAAUCGUAUUUCUGCCUCCAUGGACGCCCGUCUAAUCCAACUCAUUCGUUUUUUCGGGGAAUAUUUCUGUCCUGGACGCGAGGAGCACCAGUUUAAUACGAUGACAUACGUCGACAAAUGAGCGGCGAUCCCACGGAAGGUUUACUGAACGCCAAACAAUCUGCAGAAUAUUCUUUAACGGGAGCCAGUGCGUUUGAAGAGGAUGAAGUACAACUCCGGCAUCUUUCUCACUUGAGCGGACCGUACAGAACGUCAGUUCACUUCAUAUUCCUAAUGAGAACGCAUUAGGACUUUGAAUUCGAAUUGCUCAUGAACUUCAAUACACAUACCUACCCCGGUUCGUUCAACUGCCAAACUCUGGGUUUUUGUACAUUUCUACUUUUGAUUGGAACACUUGAUUCAGUCAACCAGCUCAACUGUCCAGUGAUCUGAAAAGUUAUUAACUGCUUAAACCUGGACCUAGUGUUACACCGAGUAAUGUCCAGGCCAAUUUCUCAGCUACUGCCACCUGACCUUCCAGCAGGGACCAGUCCACAGCUCGGUCCUGCUAACCCUGCAGGUACCACCACCAAUGGCCACCUGAAUAAUUCCAUGGCCAGUCUGAAAUCCCUUCUUCAGCUGCCUAUUAAAGGGGACCAGAGAGGGAAAGACUGCUGUGCUGAGAUGAAAGAUAAAGAUAAACAUCUGGACUCUGAUGAGGAUUCAUUGGGUGGAGUUGGGGGCAUGAAUGGUGGGAACGGCGCCCCGCGUUCCACUAACCAGUCCGCCUUCCUCGGCCCAUUGCUGUGGGAGCGUACAUUGCCGUGUGACGGAGGCCUGUUCCAGCUACAGUACAUGGACCUGGAGGAGUUCUUGACGGAGAAUGGGAUGGGGUGCAUGCCGUCGGGAAACACAUGCAGUACGGCCGCUCAGGUCCCUUCCCAGAGCACGCAAUCGGCCGUACCCUGCCAGAGUUCCCAGUGCCCACCUUCUUCCUCUCCGCCCUGCUCUUCCUCCGCCUCCUCCAUCUCUUCCCUCUCCUCAUCGUCUUCAUCAUCCUCUUUACUGGGUCUGGAUGUGCCACAGGGCCCUGGACUGCUGGGAGGUCCAGAGUGUCUGCAUGGGGCUCAAACUGUACCACCUGACCCUUCUCCAAGCCCCUCCUGCCCACCUCCGCCGGUGGUGCCGCCCACCAAUGUGGCUGAUGUCAUGGUGAACUUUGAUCCUGACCCCGCUGACCUCGCCCUGUCCAGUGUGCCAGGCCAGGAGGCGUUCGACCCGCGCAGGCAUCGCUUCACAGAGGAUGAGCUGAAGCCUCAGCCCAUGAUCAAGAAGGCCCGCAAAAUGCUGGUGCCAGAUGAUCAGAAGGAUGACAAGUACUGGAGCCGACGCUUCAAAAACAACGAAGCAGCAAAGCGUUCUCGCGAUGCCCGCCGGCUGAAGGAGAACCAGAUUUCAUUCCGAGCGGCAUUCCUGGAACGGGAGAACGCCGCCCUUCGCCAGGAGGUUGCCGACAUGCGGAAAGAGCUGGGCCGCUGUCGCAACAUCAUCAGCAAAUACGAGAGCCGUCACGGAGACUUAUGAAGAAGAGAAAGGAAGAACAGAAGGAAGAGAAAGACACAAUUACUGAUUUUGAAAUAGUGUUUCAAGGGCUGUUCAACUCAUCCUGGAAUGGCAUUUUCUCGUAGCGUUUGCUUCAAAUAAGCACUAUGAUACUCUGUUCACUGAUUUACAUUUCUUUCCGGACAUGCAGGGAUCGGUUGAAUUAGCUGGUGUGGUGCUUGGUUGAAACAAAUACUUGAAAAAUUGUGGUUCAAAGUUGAACAGCCCCAGCAUGAGGGAUGUGCACAAGGUCUACCUGGACUAGAAGCACAAGUGCAUUUCAUAAGCAUCGGCUCUUCUCCUACGAUACACCCCAAACCUUGACUGAGGAUGUGCAAUCAAAUCUCUUAUAAAUACUCACAGAUCAUAAAGGCAGAUCAUUUAUAAUGUCACGUAGCCCUUGUGAACAUCCUCUUUCUACACGGGAUGAUUUUCUCAAAGAGAGAACUAUACAGGAGGCGGUAGAGAUGUAAUUUUUUUCUAUGACAAAAAACACAUUGUAUAUUUUUGAACUGUUAGGGUCAGCUAUAAUAGAGUAGAUGAAGAGGCGGAGGAGGAACGCGGAUGGCGGCGAGAGCGCGAAAGAGAUUUUGACAUAGGAAAACUGUAUAUUUUUAUACUUGCAGAAGCAGGCAGGCGAUGAGAUUUUGGAAAUAAUCUUUUUUGUAUAUUUUAUAUAUGGGUGGGAGGGUGCGGGGAGCUGGACUGAAAGAGGGCUAUAUGAAGAAAAAGUCAGGAUCGUUAUCAUUAAAUGAUAUAUUUUCAACAUCAGGGGCAGUCAGGCUGAUCAGGAAGAACAAGACUAAAGGGACGAAUGUCAAUAAGAAUUGGGAAAAGAAACGGAGCUGAUGAGAAGCUAAAAAUAGCGAACAUGAAAACUGUAUAGUUUCAAAUUUUUCAUCAUGGAUUUGUUUAAGCACUUGUUUUGGUAUAUUUGAUUCCUUUUCUUAAAAUUCAGUGUGAUUUUCCUAUCCUGAGGUGAGAGAGAGAGAGAGAGAGAGAGAGAAAGAUGGCAUUACAUCCUGUCACUAUGUCUCGGGAGUCAUGAAAUGUGUGCAAGAUUUUUCUGUGUAUAUAUUUAAAUGUUAAAGCAAAUAUGUCCACAUGCACACACAGACACACACACACACACAGACACACACACUCUUUUGAACACAAACUGGACAUGGGUUUUCAUGGCCAGUAUGUUUAUAUAUAUAUAUAUAUAUAUAUAUAUAUAUAUAUAUAUAUAUAUAUAUAUAUAUAUAUAUACAUAUAUAUAUAUAUACGCACAGACAGACUCUUUGAAGACGUGAACCACAGAACUGUUAAAAGCAGCAAUAUCCUUUCUCUCUCUGUCUCUGUUCCUCAAGCUUUUGACGUUGUGAUCGGUGCUGGUUUGGCAUUUCUCACCCAGGUCGAGUCGGCAGCGAGUGGGUUGCAUGCUGGCGCAUGCUUGCGUAUUUUUCCGCCGCAGGAAAAAACACUCUUCGUGUUUACGAUCGUCAUUUUAUAUGGUGCUCGCCCAGUCUCUUGACCCAGACGCACAUAACCCAACAGUUAUAACCUGUUUGCCUAUAACCUUUGCUCUUAUGAUUUCUUAUGAUUAUUGAUCAUUGUAUGAGGGAUUGUAUACAUAUAUAUAUAUAUAUACAUAGACCUACAUGAGUAUAUCUAUACAUUUCCUCAAAAUUAACCCCACAUCCCCCCAAAAAACAUGCACCCUAAUACUACUGUACCAUACAAGUACAAUAUUAUAUAUUAAAUAUGAAACUAUUCUCUCACUAGAUAUAUGUGUGUACAUGAGUAUAUGCUUGAAUAUGUGAUUAUAGAUGUAAUUUGCAUAACUUGAAUAUAUAAAUGUAGUAUCUUUCCGAUAAAAAAAGACAGAUCUGAUUUCUUAUCCGUUUUCUCAGGUGUCUGGGAUGACUAUAAAAAAACAUGCCACGCUGAUCAGUGAUACUGUGGCUUUUUUUGCUUGAUUGUUGUCCAAUUUUUUGAAGCCAGCUAAUGGUGGCUGUAUAAUUUCAUGGAAAUGAAUAGUGCACUAUCAACUAUUUUUGGAAGAAGAUUCUGUUAAAAAAAGAAAAGAAAAAAACAGUGCUGGAUAUAUAACUUUAUUACUUUACAGAUUGGAAUUAAAUGUCUUUUCCUUUUGAACCUUGUUGCUCUAUUAUUACGAUUGCUUGCAUUAUCAUUGCUGUUGUUAUGAUUAUAAUUCUCACGUUUCUUUUCAGUUUUUUAACUUACUUUUCGUAGGAAAUGUAUUGCUCUCUUACCUCCCUUGUAACCGCAAGACCAUCUUGAAUUACUCAAUGGAGCCCGUUCACUGUUGGAACCAUCCACCAAGACUGUGCAAGGCCUCAAGUGCAUUGGGGGGGCCGUAAUCUUGUCCUUGUGUGUAUGAAUUUGAUAUAACCCUGAAACAAACAAAUAGUAGACUGACUGUUCCUUUUUCUUGACAGAACUUCUUCUUCUACCACCUUUGACUCACUACUUUUUGAUGCCAUGCGUUUAAAAGAAGCUUAAAGCAAGUGAAGAUUGAAACCUUAAAGAGCUUAAAAACUUUUGACAGUGCUAUUUUUCUAUGUAACUGUGUGCACAUACUCUUUCAUGGGCAUUGGCAGCCCGUCGUCGCUUUUGUAGUGAUGGCGUGCUGCUAAAUGUUAUUGCGGGUAUUGUAUUCAUCAUUUUAUCCCUUUUCCACGUGGAUUACGAACAGCUCCCUGUUUGUGACUGUUAUGAACUAUGAAUCUUAUGAGUGCACCACUACCAAACAUCACUUGGUAAUGUCUACUGUUCCUGCCUAUAGGGAUGCUGGGAAAUGUGGUCUGCCCCCACCCCAUCCCCCCCUCCCCAAAAAAACACCAAUAAAUAAUUACCCCUGUUCACUGA